CAUUAUUUGCUCUCCGUAGUAUUGGGGCUGUUUUGAAGCCCCAGUGGGCUCAGAGAAGCAGUUGACAGUGGCGCGCAGCACUCAGCUAACCACAGGUCAGCCCUGGGACCGAGCCGCGCCUCCGACACGCCCCAAAUCAGUCGUAACUCUAAGGCACGAUGGAUCACGGCGUUUGGCACCAAGCGAGAGAUGCGGGCGGUCGCCUCUAUUUUUUCAACGACGCCGGUGAAACGCGCUGGGAUUGGCCCGGCGGCGAGGCGGCGCCGCUGGCUGUGCAGAAUGCCUUCGCGGGAGCGCUGCAGCAGCCCGUCGUCCCCGGGGGCAACGCGCCCAUCUCGCGAGAGUUGGCGGAGAGAUGCCUCGGGGAGAUGCGGCGCGACAAAGCGGAGCUCGCGCGGCUCGAGGGAGAGCUCGCGGCCGCCGCCGACCGCGACUCGCAACUGGAUGCCCAAUUCGCGGCAGCCGUCGCCGACCGGGCCGCGCUCGCGACCGCCGCGGCCGAGAGCCGCCGCGCAGCCGCGGACCGCGCCCUCAGCUGCGCCACCGCUGCCUUGGCCGACGCGUGGCUCGCGACGGAGGCCCGUCUGCCCGACGUCGAGGCCGCCUGGGCCCGGGCCUGGCCCGCGCCCGCGCCCGCGCCGCCCCCGGACGACGACGACCUCCGGCAGCUGCUUGACGGCGACGCCGCCGCGCCACCGGCGCCGAUGGAGACGGACGACGACGACGACCUGGCCCGCGCCCUCGCCAUGUCGCGCGAGGAGGCGCCGCCGCCGCCGCCUGAAGACGAAGACAUUGACGGCGACGGCAUGGCCUUCGAUCCCGCGCUCCUGCAACCGGCCACCCGGUGGCCGGGUCCCACCGGCGGCGACAGCACCGACGACGACACGCCGCCGUCGCCCGCGCCCGCGCGGCCCACGCGCGCGCCGAAACGCCCCAAGAAGCUCGAGGACGCCGCGCCGGCGCCGAAGAAGCGGGCGCGUGUGUCGACGGACGGUGCGCCGCUAGCGCGCGAUCCUCCCGGCGCCACGGCCGCGGCGCCGGACAGCAUCAUGGCCACGGUCCAGGGCCAGCUGUCGGACACGCUUUAUAGCAAGAAGCAGAUAUUGGAGCUCAUGCCCAACGGCCAGGGCUCGCACGUGCCCGCGGUCUACGCGGCAGGGGGCGUGAUCUACGCGCUUUGCUUCUCCGAGGACUCGAACCCGGGCCUGCCGACCGUCGUCGAGAUCUCCUGCGGCACGCAGCGCCGGAAGCAAGUGACCCAGUUUCAGGAGCUCCAGCGUCGCCGCGGGACUGUCCCUCUGUUCGUCUGCCUCAAGACGGCGCGCGGCCGCCUCGAGCUCCUACCGAGCGGCUCGGGUAGCAAGGGGUUCCGCUUCGCCGGCAUGCGCUCGGUUGUGUCCGUGGAGACACACUCGACGCCGAAAAUGGUCGGCGGCGAAGCGAGGCAGGCGACCGUGACGCUGUCGGCGCCGACCGCGGGAGAAACAUGCCCGCUGCAGGUCGCUGGCAUCCCUCGAGCCAUCCAGGUCGCGGGAGCGCCGGCGCCGGCGCCGGCUCCGCCCGCUGCGCCGCCCGUGACGCCGGCUCCGGCUCCUCCGCCGCGACCCGCGGCGCCAGUGACACCGGCCCAGCCGCGCAUGGUGACCUCGGGGGCGGUGUGGAGUGAGGGUGCGGCGUCCGGCGUGAUGGUCCGGUGCCCAGAAGGCGUCGGCGUCGGGCAGACUCUGAUGUUCGAACACUCCGAGUCGGGCAGAAAAUUCAAGGUCGUCGUGCCCGCCGGGGUCGCACCGGGGCAGGAGUUCCGCGUGCCCCUGCCCUCGUAAGUAGACUGAUUGUGCU